AUGUCAUUAACUGAGAGCAACAGACAUUAUGAUAAUAUUUACAGACAUCAGUUUGGACAACCAUGGCAGACUCGACCAUAUUAUGGCAACCAAAGAUUUAACAACCAAAAUAACUAUCAUUUUCCAAGACCAAACUAUGAUAGAUUUUAUGAUCAAAAUAGAUGGGAAACUUCUUAUAUUCCUUUCGAUAAUCACGACACAAGAGAUAACAAUAUUAAUAGAUUUAAUAAUAACAACAAUGGAUAUAAUAAUAAUUACAAGCCUUUUAAUGAUUUCAAAAACCACAACAGAUUUGACAACACCUGCCAUAAGAGAGACAAGGUGAAAGUUAAACAUCUUGAUGAUAAAAAAAUUGAUCAAAUAGACGAACUAAUUAAAAUUGGGGUAUCGUCCCACCAAAUCGUAUGA